AUGAAGAGAAGCAACUACAAAAACACUUGCAUAGAGAGGCAGUGGGCGGACGAGGCCCUGUCCCUGGAGGGCCUCCAUCCCUCAGGUCUGGAGUUUGCAGUGAAGAGGCUGGUCUCCGGGCCCCUGCUCCUGCCUCGCCUCUCCUGCAGACCAUCCCCUCAGUGUCUGGACCAACUCCCGGCCAGAGACAAGCCUCCGGACCAGGGCACGGACCCGGACAGUGAGGAUGGACCUCCAGCCGUCCUGGUCUCAGAGUCUCCUCGCAGACUCAAACCCUCCAGGAGCCUGGGCACCCUCACCAGCUGCAUCCCACGCAGUUAG